AGACUUUGAAAAUGUUUCUGAUCAAAAGACUAUUUUUUUAUUAAAAAGAAGCAAAGAAGUAUUUUUAAUAAAGUUUUUGAAUUUAAUAUGUUGAAUGAUGACGUGACACAAGAUAAUUUGAAACCCGGAACAGACUUUACUGAUACAGAAAAUUCUUUACAAAUGGAAAAUGAAAUCGAAAUGUUACUCACUGGAGGGAAUGAACCUGUGAAAAAUGAUGUGGAAAAAGGACCUAGAUUCAAUGAUGAAAUAACACAAGAUAAUUUGGAAACCGCACCAGAUUUUUCCAACACGUCAUCAUUAUUUAAUAAGGAAGAAGGCAUGACAGAUGCACAAAGUCUACCACUCGAAACUUCAAAUCAUGACAGCAGUGAUUAUGAACCAACUGGGUCCGCGGAAUGUAGUUCUUCUGAUGAAGAUAAUUUUAGAAGUGGAAGAAAGUUGACAAGGUGGAAAUCGUCAAACAAAGAGGAGUGGAAGAGAAACAAAGAUAAACUGAAAAGGAAAUCAGGUAAAGAAUAUAGAACGAAAACAGGAUUGAAAGCUGGAAAAUCACCAAAAGAUGUCGAUUGCAAUUCAUGCAGAUGGAAUUGCUCUGCAAUGUUUGAUAGUGAUACAGUAAGAGAAUUUGCUCAACCUUCUGGAAACUAG